CGGCACUCAAGUACGAAUGGUACGAGUGGCUGAAUCCUCCUCUCCAGCCAAUCAGUUUGUAAGACUACCAGUACAGUAUAUUCAUUAACACAUCCACAUAGACAUGAAAUCAUUCCGUACCUGGCCUUAAACAGUCUGUCCAGUAACCAGCUGCUGGAUUUCCUGGUAUCAAGGCAUAUGAACAUAGAAAUUAAUCUCUCUGCUAGCUGAUCUAGGAACGUGGCCUUCCAAUAGGUACUUCUAGGGCAGCCACUCCAUUUUCCCCAGUAAGGUGGCUUAGUGCUACCUCCAGUGAGCAUCCUGCUGACCCUGAUCUCUCCCUGAUCUGGUCCUGGGCUCCAAAGCCCAUUAUCCUACUUGCUCCCUAGGUCUGGCUCCUUUGCUAGGGAACACUCAACACUUGCAUUCUACCUAGCCCUGGCCCCUCCCUGCAUGUGCUGAAGUCUUCCCAUUUGCUGGAACCACUGGCUGCUGUGACCUGUGUCCUAAUCCCAGUUGCUAGCACUUAGACCUCCAGAGGCACACGGUGUAGACAGUCUGCUCACUCUGGGGAAAAAAAAAUACAAGUUGGGUUAAGUAAGACAGCACAGACUGCAGAGAUAAUUCCUACUGAUCAGCAACAUUUUAAAACAUUACCACUUUCUUCACUUUUAUUUUUCCUUCAGUGUUCCCAUGUUUUUUUUUCUCCUAGUCCACUUUGACUCCUCACUCUCCUUUGGUGCUUCUCUUAAUAUACCCAUAUUAUAAACCCAUGAUAUAGCUCACACAUUCACAAAAGGAUCCAGAAAAGACUCUGUGAAAAGUUUUUUCACAUCCCUAACUGCUCUUUCCCCCAUUUGCUACCCUAAGGCAAAUGCCCCUACAGACAGGGAUACCUCUCAGUCUGUAGGCAUCCCGGAGCCCCUCUACCUCGCUCUGGGUCGAAGCCAGGCCCAGGGACCGUCUCCAGCCCUCAUAGAGCACCGUGGCCUGGACGGGCGGCACGAAAGGCUCUGAGGGAUCGGCAUCUCCCCGCAGUGGGCGGGCCGGCAUCACGCAUGCUCGCUGAGGGCCCCACCAAUAGCCUCGGCGUGGUUUAAAUUUGGCGCCUCGCUCGCUGAUUGGUCGGAUCCCGCAGCCAACACAUUCAGAGCAAGCGCGUUGGUCUCGCAGAAGCGACCAGUCAGCAAAAAGCUUCUUCCGACAAACGCACCGAUAGGUGGGGACGGUGGCGCUGUCCAAUGAGGGGGACCCUACUUGGCGGGAGGUUAUAAAAAUCCCGGGCGCGGCCUCUCCAGGCGCAUCGGUUCAGCAGUGGAGCGAGACGCCAUGUCCGGCCGCGGCAAGAGUGGCGGUAAGGCCCGUGCUAAGGCCAAGUCUCGCUCGUCCCGGGCUGGGCUGCAGUUCCCGGUAGGGCGCGUUCACCGACUGCUGCGGCGCGGGCACUACGCGGAGCGGGUGGGGGCUGGUGCGCCCGUGUAUCUGGCGGCCGUGCUCGAGUACCUGACCGCUGAGAUCCUGGAGCUCGCGGGCAACGCGGCGCGCGACAACAAGAAGACGCGCAUCAUCCCCCGUCACCUGCAGCUGGCGGUGCGCAACGACGAGGAGCUCAACAAGCUGUUAGGCGGCGUUACCAUCGCGCAGGGCGGCGUCCUGCCCAACAUCCAGGCUGUGCUGCUGCCCAAGAAGACCAGCAAGAAGGGCAGCGGGCAGCAGUCGCAGGAGUACUAGGCCGGCUCUCCCGGCACAACUCAAAGGCCCUUUUCAGGGCCACCCCAUUGCUCACCGGGAGAGCUGCGAUCCGCGGAGGAGGCGGGAGGAGGGAAGGGGACGAGAGGC